AUGUACGAAGUUUACGGAUUCGAACAAUUCAGACAUUGCUACAACCGCGUAGAGUGUAAAAUUGAGUUCGUGAAGAAGUUGGUAAGUCACAAGAUAUACUAUGGUAGAGCUUUUACAGUGAUAACCAUGGUAACAAUUUUCAUUUUGAAAUACUUAAAAUUACUAGUCCGUUUGCAAUGUUGCAAGCGUGGUCUCGGCGACGUGCACUGGGCAAAAAAAACAGGGUUCAGUCGACAUCCGAAAAAAGAAUAUUGCACUGUGCAAAAAGCAAAAAAUUUACAAUGCAAGGAAUACCCUUGUUUUCCAUUUUUUGCAUAAGAAUCACUCCAGCGACUUUGCGAACGGACUUAUAUUCAUAACAGAAGAUUUAAUUACGACUAAGCGAACUGCAAAUUAAGUCUGCCAAGCUGCGAAUCUAAAAAGAUUAUUACUUUCACGUUUAUACUUCGUUGCAGUCCAACAUCUUCGUAUGAUGCAGUUCUAGGCAUUUUUUGUAGUUAUUAUUACACCUACUUCUCAGAAGUUUUUUCCUAACUGCAUAAUUUCUGGGACUACAAUACAAACCGUGUUAACUGGAGCUAAAUUAAAGUUAGAUUAAAAUUUUACAAUUAAUGAGUUAAGUACAAAAAAUAAUCACUUUUGGGGUUUGUAAGUGGUAAUAUACACGCCGGAUUAGAAUUUAAGACAACAAUUAUGCAGUUUUGCCUAAUUUGAAGCGAGUUCUUUGUUGCCUCCAGACUUUGUAAUGAGUGCUAUGCUAUGAAUUAGUCCAAAGUAUUAUAAUUCCCUGGCGUUCAAGUGGAUUGGAGUUGGUAUUUCGGUACUCAAAAUGGCAAUUGAGGCGUUGCAGGAGGGGAUUUCAAAGACAUAUUUGACAAACAUUUAUAUUGUACAGACAACAUUCAUAAUCAUCGCUGAAGAUACUUUUAAUUGUAAGUAGAGAAAGGAACUGGUUUUUUUAAUAAUUUUCUGGGCCUUGUUGAAUGAUAGAAAGCUCAGUUUUUGACCGUUAACCUUUACCAGCCUGGGAUUUUAUACGUUAUCGGUACAAGUUUUAUCAAAGGUUAGUGUAGUGUUAAUCGCUCUACGGAGGUUCGGCUGACUGAGCUUUAUCGGAGGAACGAUAUAACACUAGCGGAAGACGUCUAUAUCUAUUAUGCUAUGUUUGCAAAGCUUUGAGAUUUAUGCUUACAAUUAGAAUUUAUAAAUUCCCGAUUUUUUUCAGUCGAGCAUGUCCAGAGCACUUCUUGUAGGAGCUGUUAUCUAACAUUCUUGUAGCCUUAGACGUGCCUCAAAAAUCUUUUUUCUUCCCCCACUUUCCUCGAUGAACAUUGUAACAUUCCAUUUUGUGGUCAUCACGGCUCCAUUUUCAUAAGGACUUUGUAAAACACCCGUUUCGUCUGCGUUUAUCAUGUAAUCUCGGCGGUCUGCUUAUGGAAAAUUUUAUCAAAGUUUCAGAGUGCAAUCUCUUUUUUUUCAAAGUUUAAAAAAGGAAGGAAUCACGCCAUUUAAGGGGCCGAGAGGACGGGGGAAGGGUCCAUCUCCGCUUCCAUUCACUUACAUGACUUUCACGGCUUUUUCCCGCAAAAAUUUUUAUCUUUUUCUUACGGUAAUUUUGAGUAGCGACUACAUCAAUUUUGUUGCUUUGCUCUCCCGAAAUUACAAUAUUUACAGCCAUUUUUGAGAGAAAAUUCUCUUUGAGUAAAAGGAAUGGACUUUUGACUGUGUUGUAAACUCCGGUUUUACUGUAGAUUCUGAUGGUUUGAUUGGGUUAUUUUUGUAAAAAAUGCAAAGAAGCAACUUUCUUUACAAGAGGAGCGUUCUUUGUUAUCUCGUUUGAUUCUAUUUUAAAAAUUUACAAGCCAUGGCUUAGGGCUUGCGUUAAACUUUAAACCGUGGUGUAGUAAUUUUUUACUUUUGAACCGCAGCUUGUAAACGAGUGUUUCGGGAGGCUUAGCUCUAAUUUAUGGACAUUUUGGGUAAAAGGGCUUAGGGGUGGAUAAACGGAGACAUAAUUUCCAACGAUAUUAACUUACGAUUAGUAGAAACCAAGGUGAAAUUUAAGAGAUAUGCUAUGAUUGCUGUCGAAAUUUAAGAAAUCUGAGCGACAACACCAAACUUGUGAAAAAUGUUUUGACCGUUUGAAGUUCGAAGAAGACGACAUGAAUGUUCAACAACAUUUAUUUUUUCGUAACUCUGCGACAGAUUUUCAUACCAAAUUUUGAGCCAUUUGAUCCAUUUCCAAACUGAUUUUCUUGGAAUUCUAUGAAUUUGUAAAUCAGCGACAUCCCUUAUAAAUCUUAAUUUCUUGGUUGUAAAGGUUAUCGCAAAUCAAAUAAUUUGAAAAUCAACAGUGAUGACUAUAGAUUUUAAUGCCUCAAAACACCACCGCGACCAAGCAUAGGACUUGGCUUUUAUUUGUUUGUAAUGAUUUAUCACCGGUAGACUUUUUUUGAGAUUUCUGCGCCAACGUUUUAUUGUAUCUCACUUUAUACAUGUUCGUAUGCACCAUCUCCGGUCCCCUUGACCAUUAUCUAUUCCCUUAUACACAAAAAUUACGUCCUUUGUCUGUAGGGUUACAUCAACUGUUCUACUAAGAUCAGAAUGAGCUCGAAGGAAGAGAAUGGGGAUCUCGAAUUCGAGCAGAAGGAGCUGGAAUCCAUUCGGAUUAAGGUCAAUCAAAAAUGGCUGUUGCUGAGCAAAGAAUUCGUCGCUUCACACCCCGGAGGAUCGGUUAUCAAUCAGUACAAGUAAGUUCGCAAAAAGUGUAGGUGAAUUUGAUUAUUUAAAUUCUCAAAACCCCUAAAAGGCACGUCCUUUUCGAACAUGCUGAUAAGAAGAUCACCCCCCGAAUUUCGCCGUUCAUUUUGAGACGCAAAAAGACAAUUUUUUGAUUAGAAUGUUGAUAAAAUAUUACACUGGUAAUUAGUAAAAACGGAAGAGAACGAUCAAAGUGCAAACCAUUGCUUUAAACUUGCAAAGAACGCCGUUUGAAUGUUGUAGUAGACGUUGAAGGGAAGAAAUGGACGUUAAAUUGCAAUUAAUAUUUAGAAGUCUUGGUGUUACAAUAUUAUUAACGACCUUUGUGAGGAAUAGACAUGGCUCCCGGGCCGGGCCGAAAUUUCGGCCCGUCGGCCGGACCGACGAGCCAUGUCUAGUGAGGAAAGGAUACAGCAUACAGUCUGAUAGCCGUCAAUUUCUUUGGCGAAAUAUAAAGAUCAAAGGACAGAUUCAGUAGCUAUUAUUAUAUUACUCAUCAAAUCUCUGCCGUGCCACAAGUCCAUAAUAAAUUUUUGCCGAUUUUUUAGAGCUAUUGAACAAUCAAAUUUUAAAAUUUUUGCCACCCAAAGCCAAAAUAGGCUAAAAAUCUCAGCGUGGCCCUCUGGUACUUCCCUUGUAAAAACAAUAAUACAUAUGUGCAUUUUAGAGACGCCGAUGCCACUCAGAUUUUCCACGCGUUCCACGAAGGCUCUUCUCAAGCCUACAAGCAGUUAGAUUUCGUUGAAAAACACAACAAAAUUGAGUAUCCAGGAGAAGAUCCUACCUUGAAAGGACAUAUCCAACCUUCGGAAAUCAAUGUUGGGGCCUAUGAUUACACAAUUGAAGAGGUACGUCAACAUUUUCAUGAUCUUACAAGACUUUUUGAUGGAUUUUUGACGACUUUUAUCUUUCAGGAGAAAAGUAUUGUUAUGAACUUUGACAAAUUGAGGAAACAGAUUGAAGCCGAAGGCCUGAUGGACGCGCGGCCAUGGUAUUAUUAUCGGAAAGUCGCGGAAGCCGCAGUCAUGAUGCUUACAGGGUUCUACUUGCAAUAUCUAGGAUGGUAAGCUUUUCUUACUGACUAGCAGCUUAAGCGUUUCUUCAUACGGCAAUUUAUUUACUAUUAAAAUUCCAGGUAUGUAGUCUCCGCCCUUUGCAUUGCCAUGGUGUGGCAGCAACUUGGCUGGCUCACCCACGAGUUCUGUCACCAUCAGCCAUUCAAGAACCGAAGAUUAAAUGACAUUGGAGCCCUAUUCCUUGGAAAUUUCGUUCAAGGAUUCUCUCGGGAUUGGUGGAAAGAUAAGCACAAUACUCAUCAUGCUGCCACCAACAUCAUUGACCAAGACGGAGACAUUGAUUUGGCGCCUAUCGUGGCCAUGGUCCCGGAUGAUUUGAAGAAAUACAAACAGCCUUUGGAACAGUUCUUCCUCAAGUUCAUUCCCUACCAACAUCUCUACUUCACCUUUGUCCUGCCGCUGCUCAGGUUCUCGUGGACUUCGCAGAGUCUGAUCCAUGUGUUUGCGGCGCCCGGCUCCCAAUACAAGAAAGAUCAACAGCACGCUACAAUCGAGCAGCUGACCCUGUUGGGACACUGGACUUGGGUCCUCUUGCAAUUGUACUUGUUGCCCUCAAAUGGAGUCCGCAUUAUGUACUUUUUGAUUAGCCAAGUUCUGUCGGGGUUGAUGAUUGCAGUGGUUGUUACCUACAAUCAUAACUCGGUGGAGAAAUUCCCUGGUAAGUUGAGGAAGUGAGACAGGCGUUUAUUUAGAAUUGUAAUGCCUAGGGGCGUCUUUGGCAGGACUUAGCGGGUGUAGUACCUGUUUUGACAGAUAGGUAUAGAGAAUGAAAGGUGAUGACCGAUGAAAAAUACGGCCAUGGCAAUAUUUCCACAAAUUUUGCGUGGAGAAAAUCAAUUUCUUGUAGAGCCGUUUUACACCAAAUUCAAAAUGAAAUGCCGUUUUUUGACCAUGAAAAGUUGCCGAUCUACAGAUAAAAUUUCUGCCUAGAAAUCCUGAAUAUGUCCACACUAAUUUAACUCCGUAUCCUUCAACUCUAAUCUCAUCGCCUUUCCAGAGCACUCCCGUCUUCUGAACAACUUUGCCUGUCUCCACAUCCUCACCACUCGCAACAUGAAUCCCUCCCCAUUCAUUGACUGGUUCUGGGGCGGCCUCAACUAUCAGAUCGAGCACCAUCUCUUCCCAACAAUGCCUCGACCCAACCUCAACCGAUGCUCUCAGCUGGUGAAACAGUUCUGCAAGGAGAACAAACUCCCAUAUCUGGUGGAUGACUACAUGACCGGCUACAUGGCGUCGUUGAGAUUGUUGGAAAAUGUGUCAAAUAUGGCCAACAAAGAGCACAGCAACUGA